CCCUAUUGCACCAUGUACGUCGUAGCAAUCUUGGGGAACUUCACCAUCCUGUUCAUUGUGAAGAGGGAGCCGAGCCUCCAUGAGCCCAUGUACUAUUUCCUCUGCAUGCUGGCCGUCGCCGACCUGGUCCUGUCCACGUCCGUCCUGCCCAAAAUGUUGGCAAUCUUCUGGUUCAACUCCAGGGAGAUUAAUUUCAGUGCCUGCCUCACCCAGAUGUACUUUAUUCACUUUGUCCAAUUGAUGGAAUCUGGGAUCUUUGUGGCCAUGGCAUUGGAUCGCUACGUGGCCAUCUGCCAUCCCCUGAGACAUUCCACUAUCCUGACAAAUACCAGAGUCACCAAGAUUGGCCUGGCCGUGGUGCUGCGCAGCUGUGUGCUUGUACUACCGUAUCCUUUCCUUGCAAGUCGGUGGCCAUAUUGCAGAACUACUGUCAUCCCUCACACGUACUGUGGGCAUACAGCUGUGGUGAACCUGGCCUGCGCCAACACGCACAUCAGUAGUUACUACGGCCUAUUUGUGGUCUUAUUUCUGCUUGUUGUGGAUAUAUUUUUCAUUGCCAUAUCCUACGUCCAGAUCCUCAGGGCCAUCUUCAGACUCCCCACAAAGGACGCCCGGCUGAAGACUUUUGGAACCUGUAGCUCCCACCUCUGUGCCAUCAUGGCCUUUUACGUCCCCAUGAUUUUCUCUGCUCUCAUGCAUCGGUUUGGCCACAACAUGGCCCUGCAUUUCCACAUUCUUAUGGCCAAUGUGCAUGUGCUAGUGCCCCCCGUGCUAAACCCCAUCAUCUAUGGGAUGAGGAUCAAAUAUAUACGGGGCCGGAUACUCCGGCUCUUUACUCAGACAGGAGCCAACUUUUUUCCCCGUGUCUGUGGCUGUCAGACAGAGCUGACGGAGAAGUGGUAG